ACCUGGGGUGGGCGUCAAUAUAUAAUGCCAUUCUAUUCCCUUCUUUGUUCCUUUCCCCAUUCCCAUUUUCUAAAUUCAGAGCAACUCCCCGGAACUAUGAGUUUCCUCCCUCCCUCCAAUGGGAAUGGCAACCGGAAUGGGACUGGGAAUGGGAGUGGGGAUCCCCUUUACCUUACCUUACCUUCUUCUUCUCCUUCUUCUUCUUCCCUUUCAGUUACGCUUUUUUGUUGGGUUCAUUGAAUUCGAGAGAGAGCGAUUAGGGGGCGGAGGAAUGGUGGCUAACGGAUCAUCAUCAUCAUCAUCAUCAUCACCAGCGCUCACUCCGCCUUCUACGUAGCACCUCCCCCACUUUUCUCUUUAAUUACGCCCCCAACAUUUCAUCCUAUUUUCCCUUUUCUUCAUCUCCGCCGUAACCGUAUCACCAUUUUCAGCAUUUUCCUUCGUAUUACACACUCAGUUUCACUCCAUGCUGUUCUAAUAUUAUUAUAUUCAUUCUUUUCCCCCACCACACAACCAUUAACCAUACCCCAUGGAGUUCGGGACUGGAGGCGGCGGCUCCGGUUGGGAUAACGAUUCCUCCUCCGACCCACAACGCCGGAAAAAAUGCUACCAUCGUCACACUGCCAAUCAGAUUCAGAGGCUCGAGGCAAUGUUCAAAGAAUGCCCACACCCAGACGAGAAACAGAGAUUACAGUUAAGCAGAGAACUGGGAUUGGCUCCUCGCCAAAUCAAAUUUUGGUUCCAGAAUCGGAGGACCCAGAUGAAGGCUCAACAUGAAAGGGCAGACAAUAGUGCACUUCGGGCAGAGAACGACAAGAUUCGAUGCGAGAACAUAGCCAUCAGAGAGGCCCUCAAGAAUGUCAUCUGCCCCUCCUGCGGUGGCCCUCCUCUUCAGGACCCUUACUUCGACGAACACAAACUACGAAUCGAAAACGCCCAUUUGAAGGAAGAGCUUGAUAGAGUAUCUAGCAUUGCGGCCAAGUUCAUUGGGAGGCCAAUCUCUCAGCUUCCACCCAUUCACCCACCUCACUUUUCCUCAUUAGACCUAUCCAUGGCUAGUUUUCCCUCCCAAGAAAUUGGCUGCCCUUCUCUUGAUCUUGAUUUACUUCCUGCAAGUUCUACAAGUGUUCCCACUUUGCCAUACCACCACCCAAUUCACCUCUCCGCCGUGGAUAAGUCCCUCAUGACUGAAAUUGCCACAAAUGCCAUGGCGGAGUUGCUCAGGCUUUCCCAAACUAAUGAGCCAUUCUGGAUCAAAUCAACAAAUGAUGGACGCGACGUUCUCGACCUCGAAACCUAUGAACAGGCUUUUCCAAGACCCAACUCUCCCUUCAAGAAUCCCCAUUUUCGCACAGAAGCAACUAGAGAUUCAGGCGUCGUGAUCAUGAAUAGUGAAGCAUUGGUUGAUAUGUUUAUGGACUUGAACAAAUGGACAGAAUUAUUUCCCACAAUUGUGUCGAUUGCAAGAACAAUCGAAGUUAUAUCGUCUGGAUUGUUGGGAACUCAGAAUGGCUCGUUGCAACUGAUGUACCAAGAACUGCAGCUACUCUCCCCAUUGGUUUCGACUCGUCAUUUUUACAUCCUCAGAUUUUGUCAACAAAUCGAGCACGGCACGUGGGCCGUGGUUGAUGUUUCCUACAACAUCCCCAGAGAAAAUCAAGUAGUUUCUCAUUCUCAAUGUCACCGCCUUCCCUCUGGCUGCUUGAUCCAGGACAUGCCUAACGGUUACUCCAAGGUUACUUGGAUUGAGCAUGUGGAGGUGGAAGAUAGAGGCUCCUCUCAUUGGCUUUGUAGAGAUCUUAUUCAUAGUGGAUUAGCCUUUGGUGCUGAACGUUGGCUUGCAACUCUUCAGCGGAUGUCUGAAAGGCUUGCCUGUUUAAUGAUGACUGGUAGUUCCAAUCAGGAUCUCGGCGGAGUAAUUCCUUCUUCAGAAGGGAAAAGAAGCAUGAUGAAACUAGCACAACGAAUGGUGAACAAUUUCUGUGCCAGUAUCAGCUCAUCUCAUGGCCACCGUUGGACCACCCUUUCUGGGAUGAAUGAGGUUGGUGUUCGUGUCACGGUGCAUAAAAGCAUGGAUCCUGGCCAGCCGAACGGCGUGGUUCUUAGUGCAGCUACAACCAUAUGGCUCUCAGUAUCUCCUCAAACCAUCUUUAACUUCUUUAAGAACGACAGAACCAGAUCCCAGUGGGAUGUUCUGUCGGAUGGCAACCCGGUCCAGGAGGUUGCUCAUAUAACCAACGGAUCCCAUCCAGGGAAUGCCAUAUCUGUUCUCAGAGCUUUCAAUACAAGUCAGAAUAACAUGUUGAUACUCCAAGAGAGUUGCAUAGACUCAUCAGGGUCACUUGUUGUGUACUGCCCUGUGGAUCUACCAGCCAUGAAUGUUGUAAUGAGUGGGGAGGACCCAUCAAGUAUUCCCUUACUACCUUCAGGAUUCACAAUUCUACCAGACGGUCGACGGGACCAAGGAGAGGGCACAUCGAGCAGCCUCGAUGUCCACAGCAGGUCAGGUGGCUCACUGUUGACCGUGGCGUUUCAGAUACUCGUAAGCAGCUUGCCAUCAGGAAAGCUGAACUUAGAGUCAGUAACAACGGUUAAUAACCUCAUCAGCACCACCCUCCACCAGAUCAAAACAGCCUUAAAUUGUCAUAGUUCCUGAGGAGAAGAAGAGGAAGAGAGGGUUUAUCAACAGUUAAACAUGAUGUCCUUUUUUGUUUGUUUGUUUUUUUUUUCUUUUGGUUUCUGGAGCUCUGCUACACACAACUGUUUGAGUCUUACAUAACAUUAAUACAUUGAUGAUGAGAUGUGGGAGUGUUUGUGGUGUCCAAAAUUGAAUCUGGGCGUUAGUUGGGAGCUUUGAAUGAGCUGAACCAUUAUUUACUGCUGCUGCUGCUGCUGCUGCCUGCCUCCUGCUGCUGCUGCCGCCAAAGCAAAGCUGCUGCCUUUCCACUCCCAUUUUACACCCAAUAUUGUUGUUGUUGUUGUGGUGGUCAUUAAUUUGUUUAGCUUAGUGUAGUUCAGUUGUUCUUGGGGGGUUGAGGCUGAUGAACUCAUGUCAUGUGAUGUCAUGUCCAUUACUACUACUACCCUCACCAGCUCAAGAGUCCACUGAGAGAGUCAAGAGCGCACCAUAUCCGUUCAUUCCACCUCUGAACCCGAAUCUCCAAACUUCGUAUGGUUCGGGCAUUGACUCACUCUCAAGUAUUUCUUUUGAAUGGCUCGUUGUUUUACGGUCUGAAUUCUGAACCUGUUUGUGGUUUAA